CCUACCAGUUACAAGGCCGUAGCCUACAUCAACCUAGAUAUAGCCGUGCAAGGUAACUUUGUAUUGCGGACUCGCGCUAGUCCUAUGUUUAAAAACGUCACUUAUCACUGGGCAAAGAGACUAAGCGAUCCCGUCAACUCUGACAAAACUGUGUACGAAACCUGGCUUGCGCACACUCCAUCUGACCUCGAUCCCACGGAGCCAAUGAUAUACAAUCUUUUCCGAAGCAGUGAUUACGUGGCGUUUUACGAUUACAUUGGUAUCCCCUCUAGUGAUUACGGAUACUGGUUCGGAUAUAAACGUCAAAGUAGAAUGUACCCUGUCUACCAUACGACGGACGAUACGUUUUAUUGGAUGAAGAUGUUCGGGGACCCGGGUUUCAAGGCGCAUAAAGUAAUGGCCCAGCUGGUUGGAAGUAUCGUGCUAGAUGUUGCUGGUUCGAUACUUUUACCAUACAAGCUAACAGACUAUGCGCACAUGUUGAAUAUUUCCUAUAACAAGGUUCUCAACUCGAACCUUUUCUAUGGCACCGACGUUGUAGAAACACAUUUACGGUUCCUUAAGGAGGCCAUCGACAAGUUUUUCAAGGCAGCGAUAAGGUUUGACGCGGAGAAAGAUCGUAUACGUUUAAGUAAUGACACCUUGAGAAUUAGAGUUACAAAUGAUCAGAUAGUUCAAGUAGAAAAAGCGUUCAUAGCACCAGUUGGGUUGCCAGGGAAACCUUAUGACAGGCAUGUCGCCUUCAACUUUAGAUUUCACAACAUUGAUGAUCUGCGUGCAACGUUUCCUGGGAUUACCCACGAGGCGUUCCUCGCUCUGGAGUCGAAGGACUGGGACGGGUCUCGAAGGCAGAUUUCUAUGGUAAUCAAUGCCGUGCAAAUGGCAACAAGCUUGAUUGAGCGUGUCCAUUUUCCUCAAUAGAUUUUAGAUGUUUUAUGAUAAUUUGUGACGCCUUCUCAGUCCUGGGCGACUUAUAUUUGUGUAAAUAGGCCUACCAAAGGUUAACCUACCAGUUACAAAUUAGAAGGUCAUAAUCCUUGGUCAUGCACCGACUCGCACGGGUAAGAAUUGAUGUUGACCACACCCAAAGUGUUACCCCUUAGAGUGUAGGAUUAGAGUUGAUUUUGCCAACGACCACCCCCGUUUGUUUUUAAUGGAGUGCCCCCCCCCCCCCCUCAACCACAUGAGAAAAAAAUAUGUGCUCGUGUAUGCUCGCCAAUGCGCGAGACCACUUGCUAGUCUCCUUUGCAAACAUCCAGGUUAACAUUCUCCUUAAAGUAAUUUAUAUAUAUAUAUAUAUAUAUAUAUAGAAAUCGCCCGGCAAGGGUCCAUGUGCUGUUCAGACACACACGGUUGGCGUCAGCAUGCUCCCUAAAACUAGAUUGUAACGUAAGAAACAUUAUAAUUGUUGUAUAAAACAAAUAUAUCUUUCAUUGAGAAAUCAAGCACAGCGCUCGUUUGAAUAAGAAAAAAAUCAAAAACAGCGUGUGCGCUUAUUUAAAAUUUAGGUGCGCGUCACUUCAAAACCUAUAUUAUAAAAAUAAAAAUAACCUCCGUUAUUAGAAGUCAUCAUUUUAAUUACCUCUGUAAAGUUUCGUAAAAAUUCGGUCACUCUUACCUCACUCUACAUAAUAUAAGGAAGCACACGGAGCGCCUCGGCUCGCUCACGACCAACUUUGCUCAAAGACGAUCUUUUUCACAAAUUUUUACACCGUGUCGUCAAACGACCGGCCUAGAACUGUGCUCCGAAGAUGUACCCACAUCGUGAAUGUGAACAAAUCCACAUAAGCUCGUAAAUGUCAGCAGAUUCGAUAACUCCACUGCGUCAAUUACAUAUGACUUAUUUCUGACUUUUCAUAUGACUGUUUGAUCAAGUGGUUAAGUGGGGGGUUUGAUCGAGAUGUCAGGAAACAAUUAGCUGGAAAUCAAAAUACACUAGAAGACCAGCUCUACUCACAUCAAUUGAAUACUAAGAGUAACAAAGUUCGAUUUCUGAUUUUACGGUUAAGAAGAAACGAAGAGGGUGGUUUCAAAAAGUUUGUAGGGUUUAUGGCAGAUUUCUAUGGUGUUGAUAAAAUCUUCUGCCAUUGAGUUGGCUUCCCACGCCAUUGUUUACGUUAGAGCCCCAGGAUUAAUCCAAAUUGAUUGGUUAUAAAGCUAAAGGGUAGCAGGGGAUUGGGAUAAUAAAAUAAAAAGACACGA